AUGACUUUCCGCGACCUCUUGAGCGUCAGUUUCGAGGGACAUCGCCCUGACAACGGCUCUGGGGGCGCCGGCUCGGGUGCCGGCUCCGGCGGCGCGGGCAGCGCUGCCACUUCGGAGAGCCCGGCAGUGGGCAGCGUGCCCGGGGCCGCGGGCGGAGGCAGCAGCGUGGUGGGUGCGGGCGGCGGCGAGGACAACGGCAGCUCGGCCGGGGAGCCGGCGGGCGCGGGCGCGGGCGGCGAGGUGAACUGCACGGCGGCCGUCGGGGGACUGGUGGUAAGCGCGCAGGGCUUGGGUGUGGGCGUCUUCUUGGCGGCCUUCAUUCUCACCGCCGUGGCGGGCAACCUUCUUGUCAUUCUCUCGGUGGCCUGCAACCGCCAUCUGCAGACGGUCACCAACUAUUUCAUCGUUAACUUGGCAGUGGCCGACCUACUGCUGAGUGCCACAGUACUGCCUUUCUCUGCUACCAUGGAGGUACUAGGCUUCUGGGCCUUCGGCCGCGCUUUCUGCGACGUAUGGGCCGCCGUGGACGUGCUUUGCUGCACAGCCUCCAUCCUCAGCCUCUGCACCAUCUCCGUGGACCGGUAUGUGGGCGUGCGCCACUCGCUGAAGUACCCGGCCAUCAUGACGGAGCGCAAGGCGGCCGCCAUCCUGGCGUUGCUUUGGGUAGUAGCCCUUGUAGUGUCGGUGGGGCCACUGCUAGGUUGGAAGGAGCCGGUUCCCCCAGACGAACGCUUCUGCGGCAUCACUGAGGAAGCAGGCUACGCAGUCUUCUCCUCGGUGUGCUCCUUCUACUUGCCCAUGGCCGUCAUCGUGGUCAUGUACUGCCGAGUGUACGUGGUCGCGCGUAGCACCACGCGCAGCCUCGAGGCGGGCGUGAAGCGUGAGCGGGGCAAGGCCUCCGAGGUGGUGCUGCGCAUCCACUGUCGCGGAGCGGGCACUGGUACCGACGGGGCGCACGGGGGACGCAGCGCCAAGGGCCACAACUUCCGCAGCUCUCUCUCAGUGCGCCUACUCAAGUUCUCCCGCGAGAAGAAGGCGGCCAAGACCCUGGCCAUUGUCGUGGGCGUCUUCGUACUUUGCUGGUUCCCCUUCUUCUUCGUCCUGCCGCUUGGCUCCCUGUUCCCACAGCUGAAGCCAUCGGAGGGCGUCUUCAAGGUUAUCUUCUGGCUCGGCUACUUCAACAGCUGCGUGAACCCGCUCAUCUACCCCUGUUCCAGCCGCGAGUUCAAGCGCGCCUUUCUCCGCCUCUUGCGCUGCCAAUGCCGUCGGCGCCGACGCCGGCGCCCCCUCUGGCGCGUCUACGGCCACCACUGGAGGGUCUCCACAGGCGACCUGCACCCCGACUUGGCCCCCAGCCCUGGCGCCGCGCCCCCCGGGGCCCCACUAGCCCUCACCGUGCCCCCUUCCCCUAGCUCACCGGGCAUGCCCGAGACAUCGGCUCCGACAGCGGGUGGGCGGAAGCCUCCCUGCGCCUUCCUUGAGUGGAGGCUGUUCGGGCCCUUCCGGAGGCCGACCACCCAGCUGCGUGCCAAGGUCUCCAGCCUAUCGCACAAGAUCCGCACUGGGGGCGCUUUGCAGCGUGCUGACACGGCGUGCGCCCUGCGCACAGAGGUGGAGGCUGUGUCCCUGGGCGUCCCCCACGACGUUGUUGAGGGAGCCGCCUGUCAGGUCUACGACUUGGCGGACUUCAGCAACCUCCGGGAGACUGAUAUUUAA